UUCAGGUCAGUGAGUGAAAAAUAAUGUAUUGAGUAACUAAUCGUUGCCUUUGUACCAGCAAAGAUGAGUGUCAACUUUGUAGAUUAUUUCGCCAACGAGCACAAUGGAUAUGAUAUUCUAUAUCAAAACAUGAAAUACGGACUGAUAGCGAGCAAGGAACUCUCAGAGUAUCUUAGAGAAAGGUCGAAUAUAGAGGAAUCAAAUUCGAAACUUCUAGCUAAAUUAGCGAAACAAGCGAACAGUAACUGCGCUCAAGGCACUUUUGCGCCUUUUUGGGGUGUACUCAAAUGUUCUGCCGAAAAAUUAUCGAAUUUACAUCAACACAUGUUUCAAAAAGUUAGUGAGCUUGUGAAAGAUGUUGCUAGAUAUGCUGAAGAGCUUCAUAAAAAGCACAAAGCUGUCAAAGAUUCUGAAUCAAGUACACUAGAAGUAGUUUUACUAAUUCAAAACACAAAGCAAGCUUUACAGAAAGCAAAGGAUGUUUAUACAUCCAAAUCGGCUGAAUUAGAAAAACUGCGAAAGGAAAAUGCAUCAGCAAAAGAUAUAGAGAAAGCUGAGGUAAAAAUAAAAAAGUUACAUGAAGACUACAGGCAGCUAGCAGAGAAAUACAGCUUGGUGAAACAAGAUUUUGAGAAAAAAAUGACCCAAACCUGUAAACACUUCCAGGAUGUUGAGGAAGCUCACUUAAAGCAGAUGAAACAAUUUGUAAAUGCUUAUGCGGAUAUUAUUCAAAACAAUCAUGAUCUUAUGGGCCAAGUGCAUAGAGAUUUUAAGCACCAGUGUCUCGAAUUAACAGUAGAUAAACUGCUAGAACAGUUUCUUGUUGAGAAGUACAAUGCUUUAGAGAAGGCAAAUUUAGUAGAACUGCCACCAUCAUUACCAAAGCCAGGUUCUGCUAAUAAUUCUAUAUCAGAAGUAGAUCAGAUUUCCACAGUGUCUAAUGGAUCACACAAACCACCUCAAACUGCUAAAGCAGCCAAAAAAGAACCAUCAUUUGCAACUAAAACUUCAAGAAGAACCACCUCGCUUCUUAACUUGUUUACACCAAAUUUUCAAAGCAAAGAUGAACCCAGUGUUAGUAUUGAAGGUGGAGCUCCAUGCUCGGCACCUUCAAGUCCCAGUGGAACACCGGCUACUCCUGUAGUUCCAGAUAAAGACGAUAACAUGAACAGAACUACACUUCGAGAGUCUAAAUGGUUCCUUCGUAGCAGAAGGACUAAGACUAAACUUAAAAAAUCAAAAAAGAAAAAAGAUGAAAUUUCUGAAAAUUCUAAUGCUGGUGACAAGUCUGAUUUAGAUGAAAAGGAGGAAGAGAUUGCAACAAAAGAUGAUCUUAUGAACUCUCCAGAAGUUGAUGAAGAAGGAUUCUGCAUAAGACCUAAAGAUGAAAAGGGCAGUGGUUAUUCCUCCUCAGAUUCAGAUUCUGAAGAGGAGAGAGAACAAAAAAUUCAUGUUGAAAUAAAACCAAUAAGCAAUGGGAAUGCUCCUAUGUCAGCGAGUGUUGAUGAGCUCAGAGCUACAGUGGAAAAUAUUAGCUUAUAUAAAAUUGGUACAACAAGACGAGGUUCAAAUGCAAAUACAAGUAAAGCAAGCAGUGAUUUAUUAGAUUUAAACUUCUUCCAAAGUCCCAACCCCAGUAACCCAGCUUCCCCACAUGGUAAUGUCUCAAACCCCUAUGCACCUUUACAAACAAAUCAGUCACAUUUACUCGAAAGUCCCACCCCCAUUUCAACAGCUGAUGUUGGUGAUUUGUUCUCUGAGGUUGGCGAAAUGUCUCAAUCGAACUUUAGAACAUCGACGCCAACAAUAUCUACCAUUUCCCUACCCCGUCCGCCGUCUAGACGUUCCGAGGGUGAUUUUAGAACAGCAGGCUCGUCUGGGUCGCGUGGCCCCUCGCCACUCACAAUUGGUAUGGCAGACACUAUACCCUUAGCGGUAGCAUUCCAUGAAAUAAUACACUCCUAUUUUAGAGGGACUGAGGAAUCUAAAUGUCAAGUGAAAAUGUCGGGCGAUAUGAUGUUAUCAUUUCCAACAGGCAUUGUUGGUGUUCUGGCUAAUAAUCCCAAUCCAGCUAAACUUUGUUUUAGACUAAAAAAUAUACAUAGACUGGACAAUGUCUUGCCUAAUAAACAACUGAUAAGCAUAAAUGCAAUGAUGUCUACCCGUGAUACGACAGUUGUUGAAUUUAACAUGCCGGCAUUAACUUCCCUGUUAAAAAGACAGUCUGAAAAGAAUCCUACAGCGCAAUAUUUCAAUGUUGAUAUAUUGAAGUAUCAAAUACGACCUAAGACUGGUGCAGCGUCAUGUCCACUACAAAUGGUAUCUUAUUGGAAGUGCGAGCGCGACCAUACUGAUCUUAAAGUAGAUUACAAGUACAAUCUUCAUGCAAUGAGCCCACCAUCACCCUUGCUAAAUGUUUCAGUGUGUGUACCAAUGAAUGGUUCAGUAAAAAAUGUAAUUGCAAUGCCUAAAAACACAUGGAAUUCAGAGAAUGAACAGGCUAUGUGGCGAUUUACUGAGCUGUCGCAACAUUCAGAAGAUAAAGGCGUGGGAUCGCUGAGAGCGCGCUUUGAGUUAGCCACAGGACCAUCUACAAAGACUACAAUUUCUGCUCAGUUCAAUUGUGAAGGAGCAACACUAUCGGGCAUUGAGUUUGAACUCAUCGGGAGUGGGUAUCGUCUAUCUCUUGUAAAACGUCGGUUCGUAUCCGGAAAAUAUAUUUGUGAUAGUGAUACACAAUGAUUGGUCCAAUAUUCUAUAAAUUUUGCAUGCUAAGUAAACUAUUGGAAUAUAAGGCAUAGUUUCGGGUCAUAUUUAAUGAAAUGUAAAUCUUUGGUACCUUAUGGGACUGUUUCCUGUCCACUGAUAUGAUUAUAUUAGAUUGCAUUAUAUGUCAAUAUUUCCUGGUUAAACUGUUAGUUGUAGUAUGACAGUUCUUAAUUAUUAUUAUUUUCGAAUUAUGAAUGUAUCUUUGCAGCUACACUAACAUUUCUCGAGUGUAUAGAUGUGCCAUUCAUGACUCUUUGAGUCAUAAAAUGUAUAUAAUUUUUUUCAUAAAAUUUUCAUACAUGCUAUAGAUAAUAAAAUAAAUUAAGUGACUAGUUACUCAGUUCUGAACUGAUUCUGUCAUCACAAAUUCUACAGUUGCAAUGACUUGUAUUAUUUUUGUAAGCUCAUCGCAUUCUAACACCAAGAAAUAAAGCUUUAAAAUAACUUUUAUUGACUAUUUAUCAACAGCAUUUCAAUAAAUUUUAACAUUGUUUAAUCACUAUCUACCUCCCGAGGUCAAUAAUAAAGAUAUACUAUUGCUCUAUAAAUAAUAAUAUUUGAUACAUUUGUUGUAUGUCGUCAUAUAAUUAUGUAUUACAUACAGGUACAAUUUAAUUUUUGUUUGUUUGUUUAUUUAUAAUUAAACAUAUUAUUACAAUUUAUUAGUACAGAUAAUAAAUAAGGGAUUUAACU